UGGCUUGUCAGCGUUAACAAAUAGCGAUGAACGCGAUUCGUCACAGUGCAAAUUACGAGUGAAUUGCUGCUGCUGCUGCUGCAAAAAUAGAAGAAUAAAAAAAAAAACAACAACACAACAUUGGACAAAUUAAUGGUGUGUGGAAUAUUCACUUGGAAUAAUGUAAACAUUCGGUACAAUUAGGCAAUCGGGCAUAUUAAUCAGUUAACCAGAUGCGAAUCAGCUAAACGUGAUCGAAGGCUCGUUCUCACAUGGCUCACAUUCGGUGUGUUUCUUCGUGGUGAAAAUGACACCCGAAUUUUCCUGGACACGUACUCAUUAGAGAACCGCAGUGAUGAUUAAUGUCUGUGAUAUGCUCAUGGAGUAAAAUAGGUGAAUAUCUCGAAUUAGAUGAAACUGUUUGCGCACUGAACUUUUGCCAGAAUGCCUCGCUGUUGCCUUAGCCACAGAGUUCAAUUAUGGCUUGCCAUAUUAACGAUAUGCGUCGCAUAUGCUGGUGCCGAUAUCCUAGUGUUUUCAACGACAGCUAAGCAUCAGAUAACUGAAUUUCGUGAUGCUCCGGCAAGAUUUGGUGGCCUCAUACCGGUAGAAGGAAUAAAGGGAAUGGUUGUGUAUGCAGACCCGCCAACAGCCUGCAAUCCAAUUGCCGAGCCACCAAAUAUUCCAAAUUAUGAUGGAAAGUGGAUUGUAUUGAUAGCCCGUUAUAAUUGUACCUUUGAAGAAAAAAUCCGUAUGGCACAAGCUGCUAAUUAUGAUGCAGCGAUCAUACACAACAUAGGUAGCAACGAAAUUGAACAGAUGUCAGCGAAAAAUCCAAGCGGCAUUGGGAUUCCCUCUGUAUUUGUUGGCGAGGAUACCGGCGCUUAUCUUCGAAGCGAAUAUCUGUACGAUCAGUACUUCAUCCUGAUUAAUGAUGAUUUACCUUUUAACAUCAACACCCGCCUUUUGCUACCCUUUGCCAUUGUCGUCGGAAUAUGUUUUCUAGUCAUGGUCAUAUUUAUGAUUGUGCAGGUAAUUAAAUGCAUCAAGGACAGAAGACGGCAACGCAGGCACAGGCUACCUAAUUCAAGCUUGAAGAAAAUCCCCACCCACAAGUAUACUAAGGGAGAUCCGUACGAGACGUGUGCCAUUUGUUUGGAAGAUUAUGCCGAAGGUGAAAAACUGAGGGUCUUACCAUGCGCCCACGCUUAUCACACGAAAUGCAUAGAUCCGUGGCUGACGAAAAAUAGACGCGUCUGUCCAGUUUGCAAGCGUAAGGUAUUUGCGACGGAUGAACGCGUCACCGACAGUGAAAGUGACACGGACGUCGAUGAUUCUACACCACUGAUCCGCGACGGGCAUCAAGGUACGCAAGGUGGCACCUUUACGCCACAACGGGAUAAUCCUUUUACAAGAGCCUCCCGAAAUCUGAACAGGAGUGGGUCGAAUAGUUCGAACAGCAGUUUGAACUCUGAGAGGCAGUUGGUCAGUGCUGACGACGGAGAGAACGGUAACAAUGGUGAAUCUUCCAGAAGUAAACUGUUUGUGGUCUCGGACAGCCAUAGUAUAAAUGGCGAACCACCGGAGCUCGAACGAUCGGCAAGCAGUACGAAGCCCCACACAGUAAAUUUAGACACUCAAGAUGUCCAUCCCGUCAUACAAAUUGUGCCUGUGAGAAAUCCCAGAAUUUUAGUUAACCCAGUCGCACCGAAUUCGGGCCAUCCGAUAAUGGUACCGACAAAUCCAUUGCCCAUACCGACAAUUCUUUCGGAGGAGCAUGAGAGGAAUGAUUACCAUGCGUAGUUAUUAAUUAUUGUUUCGAUUAAAGAGAAACCGAGAUGAAUGCCAACCGAUUCAAGGCAACCGAUGUCGUCUGCAUUUCAUCUGCAAAGCAGACUACAGGGGCGGACUUGAAUCUGUCAGAAUCCACUUCGCUUUGUAUACCUCUGGGUGGUUUGCUAAUAAUUGCUAACGUACUGUAUACAUUUGUAUAAUUAGGGUGAUCGAACUAUGAGUACCGCGGAUGUACAGAAAAGUUAUCGAUGAGAAAUUAAAUUUCCAAAAUUCGAAAAAUCUGUAACUUGAAAUGAAUAAUUAUACCUAAUGUGAAAAAUAGUAGAACAAUCACAUUUCUACAACGCGAUUGCAAUUUUACUAAAUAGCAACAAGACCGUCAUCAAUAAAACACGGUGAGGUAUUC